UUCUUCUAACAACUAGUAUAGGGCCACAACGUAAGGAGUAUGUUUGGCCUUCCAGAGAUGGUUAAUUCAGUGUUAUUUCUUUUGUUCGUAUGCGUCUCUGGCGCCGUCGGCCAGAUGACGACAAGGACCGUGGUGACCCGUAAGUUCAGGUACGAGACUGCGUGCUGGGAUCAAUUUUAUGGAUCGCCCAUGUCCGGCUGGGAUUUUUAUAAGAUAACAAGCAAAGAGAAAUGCCAGAUGAAAUGCGUCGACGCUGGACUGACGUGCAUUGCGUUCUUUUGGCGCCAGACGGCGUCCUGGUGUCGUCUGAACCAGGUAAAGCACGCGAACAGAACGCUGGACUGCGCAUCCUGGGAACACGUGGUGUACGCAGAGGAGACGACAGAAGACACGCCGCACUUUGGGAAACCUUCAACAUACAGUCUUGUAUGCAUCGACGCCUGUACCAACGCGGUCACCAAGCCUGAUGGGACGUCGUGGCGUCUGUGUGACGGGGGCGGGGCUGGGGUGUGUGACCCCAAAAAGGGGCGCAUUGAGGUCAACAUCGGGGGUACAUGGGGAACGGUGUGUGACGAUGGAUGGGAAUACGGUUCUGGAUACAGUUUCGAGCCGUACUGGAUCCUUAAUCUGGACGUGACUUGCAGAACGUUUGGAUACAGCGGAAGUACAGGGGUGAGCAGGUACGAGGCAUUUUUUGGGAUGGGAACUGGUCUAAUACUGAUGGAUGACGUCAACUGCACGGGCUCCGAGAUGACAUUGACCCAGUGUAGCUACAUCAGUAACCACAACUGCGAUCACUCAGAGGAUCAGGGUGUGGAAUGCCUUUAAUUGAAACAUGUUCCCUCUCAUGUUGGCAAUACUUUGUUAUCGGACAUAGUUUGGCGAAGUUUGGCGCAAAUGUUAAAGUAUUCAUGUUGUUGAUUUAUUUUUAAAUCUUUCUUGCUUUAUUUGAUUUUUUUCUUUCUUGUUUUUCGUUUUUAAGCUCAUAUGAGCACGAAAUUCUCGUGAGGAGCUAUUGUGUUACCAUACGUCCGUUGUUCAUUGUCGUUCGUCGUGCGUCGAGCAGUGCGUCGCUCGUCGUCAACUUUACGCUCGUAAGCAAUCUAGAUGCUAAUUAUUUUAUCCAAUCCUGAUGCGUGUAGGUCAGACUGUUAAUUUUGAUAACAUCUUGGCAAAGGUCGAAUCUAGAUCAUCAGGUCAAGUAAAAGAAAAAACUCUUUUACCACUCUAGAAGCCACAAUUUUGACCCAAUCGUGAUGUCGGAAUAUUAAUAUUGGCAAUAUUUAAGUCUAGUUCAAAUCUGGAUGACGGCGUCACAAAAAACAACGUUAUGAUGUCAAGUCUUAGAAAAACUGAGUAACCUCCAUAGAGCUCACAUUUUUACGUAAAUGUUUUGCGUAAAUAUUGAUGAAACUUUGUCAGAAUGUUGAUUUUGACACUAUUAAGGCCAAUUUUAAAGCUAGAUCAGAUGUGUACAAUGGAGAGGUCACCGGUUCAAGCAAUAGUCCGUGCGUGCCAUCAUGAUUUUGUUCAAAAUAAAAGACGCCCUUUAUCUAAUAAUCCAACCAUUCAUAAAGUUCAGGGUGCUACACAACUGUUGCGGAAGAAUGGCAUACUUUCUGAAGGAGCAUUAUUUCUUGUAUGAGCAUAACAAAUCAUAUUUUAACUCAAAAUUGGUAUAAUUGUGUUAGCGUUAAACUCUACAAACUUUGUUAAAUACAGAUAUGUCCAAUAAAAUGUGUAUUCUUUC